AUGACGUGCCUGACUCAAUGCCCACCACCUGCCCUAGACGGGGCGCGGACUUGGGAGCAGCUCGAUUCCAUCGAUCGAGCAGAGGAACUGCGACACCCGGUCCGCGCGGCUGGCGCGCUUAGCCCAGCAGCCGGCGACGCAGACACAGCUAGAUCCGUGCGGGCGUGGAAACUGUGCAUGCUCGUGCCACACAUGCUUCUUACGCACGCCGCACAGGAGGGAACCCAAGGCCGCACCGAGUUGCUUAGCCGAUUUAGCCGCGUCGCCAAGGCAACAGCUUCGGCCAGACGAGGCUGCCGCCCACAAGCGCAAUCAGGCAUGUGCAACAAUCCGCAAAGGCGAGCUUUCGAAGUGGAUUUGCGCGAGGCAACUGCGGGGGCUAAACACUUCAAAUUCCUUGCGGAGCUGUUCGCGGAGUUUUACGCCAACCCGACGCUGGAGUGUGCAGCAUAUCCACGGGCGACGCGUUUCGAGGCCUCGUGGCGCGUGCGCUUGCAUAGCCGUGGGCCCCCGUUGUCGAUCGGGCAACACGCCUGUACCGGAUCGAUGUGCAGGCUCGGGCAGGCACAGAUGCCCUCGCCCGCCUUCGCUAAGGGCCGCGACGCGGUCCUCGUCUCCUUGGACGGCCGCAGCGCGUAUGACUCCAUGUCACGUUUGGCCUUCCUGUCACACCUGCGCGAAGUCGCUUGA